UUUGGGUCUUAUUGUUUGAUCCAAUUCACGGCUCCUCUGUUGAGCAAACCAUGUGAGUGGAGUGAACGUGAGAAUUACAAAUGAAUUUUAGAGAAUUUCUUGAGGGUGGCUGUGACAAAAAAUGGGACAAAGAUAUGAGGGAUUAGGAUCUGACCCUUAUUUAAGACACACUCUCUGUGUUUAGAAAAACCACUCAACGAAAACAAAGUUCCCAUUUUCUUCCUCGUCUGGCUUCUGCAACUGGAAGAGGAAGAAAAAUGGCAAAAAACAGCAUUCUUGCUCUGGUGAUCAUUUCCAUUUGCCACAGUUUCAUCAAUGCGGACGCGUUCACGGCUUCUAGCUGGUAUAGUGCUCAUGCUACUUUCUAUGGGGGCAGCGACGCCUCUGGAACAAUGGCUGGAGCUUGUGGGUAUGGUAACACAUAUACGACUGGCUAUGGGGUAGCAACUACAGCUUUGAGCACUGCAUUGUUCAACGGAGGGGCUUCAUGUGGGCAAUGCUAUAGGAUUGUUUGUGAUUAUUCCUUGGACCCACAAUUUUGUAUUAAAGAUAAGGAGAUUACUGUCACUGCGAGUGACUUUUGCCCGCCUAACUGGUCCGAACCAAGUGACAAUGGAGGGUGGUGCAAUCCUCCCCUCCAGCAUUUCGACAUGAGUGAACCUGCUUGGUUAAAUAUUGGGAUUUAUGUUGGUGGGAUCGUUCCAGUAUUGUACCAAAGGGUCCCAUGCGUGAAACAUGGUGGAGUUAGAUUCACAAUCAAUGGCAAUGAGUGGUGGAACACUGUCUUAAUAACCAAUGUGGCUGAGGCUGGAUCUAUUCAGUCCGUAUCAAUCAAAGGCUCAAACACUGAUUGGAUGACCAUGUCAUGGAACUGGGGCGCAAAUUGGGUAUCCAGUGCCGUUCUCGUUGGCCAGUCUAUCUCCUUUAUGGUCACAGCAUCUGAUGGAGAAGUCCAAACGUUUACCAACAUUGCGCCUUCAAACUGGGAAUUUGGCCAGACCUUCUCUAGCCUAGUUCAGUUCUAAAGUUGGAAAUGUCGUUUCAGGGUUCCGGUUGAGGGUUUGUGGUAUCUGGUGCUGUAGCGUGCUUUUUUGUUUUAUAGAAGCAGCUCGCCAUUCUUUUCUUGAGCUAAACAAAGGCCCUGUGUCGAUAGACCUGGUAUAUAUUUAGAUGAAAGAAUUUGGCACCUUCACUCGGUGAUAGUAUAUCACAGUUGGAUGUGAUAAUUGACACAGGGGUAUGUCAUUGAGUUUGAGUACUUCAUCAUGAUGGA